CGGUCCCAGAGCACAAAUCCAACCAGCUACGUGUCUGCGCGCCAUUGACGUAUCCAUGGCAACAGCUUCUAGUGUUGAUCAUCCCAAGAUGGCGGACGCGGAAACAACCGCAACGCUCCCUGUUGCUACUGAACCCAAGAAACGUCGGGCGCCUAAAGGAAGAAAGCGGAUUAGGGUCCCUACAAAUAGGGCCAUUCCCAGUCUUGACGUGGCAAACGUGUGGAGCCCGUGCCGUUUCACAGUCGGCGAUGGAGUGGAUUUCCGUGAAGUAUCUGGAAUGGGCUCAAGUUCUAGCAGCAGAUCGGCAAAGCUCUUCUUGAGGCGAUGAAAGAUAAAAACAGAGGGGAGCUUUGGUGUAAUUCACACUGUAUAUUUUUUUUUUUAACACUCAGAGUUCGUUAACGAUACUCACCCCCCCACCAGUGUCAAUGGUAAAGCCUAGCACUGUAUUUCACAAUGCCUUCAAUCCUAUUUUUAGCCUCAGAGGAAGGUAGUAGGUGCAAGAUAACGGGAUUACCAGAAUCAGACUCGCUUGAAUUGGAAUUAUGUGUGUUUCCUUGUAAAAUGAAAUGUUGUACUCCACUGGGAAGAGGACUUGGAGGCGUUGUGGUUCGGUUCUCGAGGUUACCUAACCCUUUCUAAAGCUGGCUUUACAUUGUUCUGCUCAUUCCUUCAGCCUCCCUCUAUGACUCUGUCUCUAUACCCUCGCUCUUCUGUCACAAGCACCUGGCUUGCGAGAGACAUUGUUGCCCUGGCAACAGGGAGAAUAUCUCAACCUGUCGAGACAUUAAAUGAGAGACACGGGGGAGAGGAGGGGAAAAAAAGCACAGUUUGUAACGCAAAACUUGCUUACAAGAUUUUUAUGCUGUUCCUCCACCCAGCCCCAGAGCUUCCUAUUGUGGAGAGAAGGAACUGGUUAAUCCAUCAGCACUAUAUCCUCAAGGACUACGAUACCUGUAAGGUUAUCAUCAAAGACCAACUGCAGGAGACUAAUGGGAUGUGUGAAUAUGCCAUAUAUGUUCAAGCACUAAUCUUACGUCUUGAGGGCGAGAUCCAGCAGUCCCUGGAGCUGUUUCAGAGCUGUGCCAUCUUAAAUCCCAACAGCGCAGACAAUCUUAAGCAAGUGGCCCGAUCACUAUUUCUUCUGGGAAAGCACAAAGCAGCUAUUGAAUUCUAUCAUGAAGCUGCAAGGCUCAACGAGAACGACUGGGAAAUCAGUCAUAAUCUGGGAUUGUGCUAUUUCUUCAUCAAAGACUUCAAAAAUGCUGAGGAGCAUCUAAAGAUAGCUCUCAAGAUAAACAAGCACGACAAAACCUUCAUGAUGCUUGGGAAGGUUCACCUGCUGGCUGGAGAAACCGACAAGGCCAUAGAAGUGUACAAGAAAGCGGUGGAAUUUUCUCCAGAAAACACUGAAAUCCUCACAACACUGGGCCUGCUGUUUUUGCAGCUUGGGAAAUACCAGAAAGCAUUUGAACAUCUUGGGAAUGCCCUCACCUUUGACCCCAACAAUUAUAAGGCCAUCCUGGCUGCAGGCAGCAUGAUGCAGACCCAUGGUGACUUUGAUGUGGCUAUGAACAAGUACAGGGUGGCAGCAUGUGCUGUGCCGGAGAGUCCCCCUCUGUGGAACAACAUUGGCAUGUGCUUCUUUGGGAAAAAGAAAUAUGUAGCUGCCAUCAGCUGCCUGAAGCGGGCCCACUACUUGUCUCCUUUUGACUGGAAAGUGUUGUACAACCUUGGUCUGGUACACCUCACCAUGCAGCAGUAUGCCUCUGCCUUCCACUUCCUCAGCGCAGCCAUCAAUCUGAAUCCACGAAUGGGGGAGCUCUACAUGUUGCUGGCAGUUGCUCUGACCAACUUGGAGGAUGUCGAGAACGCCACCAGAUCUUACGAGCAAGCUGUGACUCUGGACGAAUCCAACCCCCUGGUUAACCUGAACUUUGCAAUCUUCCUCUAUAAUCAUGGAGACAAGAAGGGAGCUCUGGAUCAAUACCAGGAGAUGGAAAGGAAAGUCAACAUACUCCGAGACAGCAGUAGCAACUUUGAAUUUGAUCCUGAGCUAAUGGACAUGGCUCAGAAGAUGGGAGCUGCUCUACAGGUGACAGAAGCACUGGUGUGGACUAAACCAGGCAAGGACUCCAAAUCAAAACCAAAUUCUGCAGCAGCCACCAAAACCCCCGGUGCUCCCCUCGGUACUAACCAAGUCCUGGGUCAGGCCAUGUCUUCAGCCGCAAGCUACAGCAAAAACAUUCAGCUGUCAACAGGGGUAUCCAGAGGCCCUUCCAAUGCAGGAGAGCCAGAAGAUGAUGUACUGGAAGCCCCCAGCCCACCUUCCGAUCCUCCGGGAUCCCCAGAGCCCGCAGAGUCGGACAAUCCUAAACCCAGAACCUCCAAAAUGAAAUCAAAGGUGCAGGAAUGAAUUCUCUUGGUGGCUACAGUCUUACACUACGUGUGUCAUCUUUGAGGUCACCUAUUUGUAAUGGAGGACAAUUAAGCCUCUUUGAGCGCAGCCAAGCUACUGUAUUUGUGCUUUUUCUAGCUCAUGGUAGUUCAGUCUUGGUUUUAAUUUACCAGCACAGAAGUUUCACGUCCUGCUCCAACAUUUCCAUAUGAAAAGGGUGUGGUCGGUGUUCACUGUUAUGCCUCUCAUCUCAGAAAUAUCAGUACACAACUCACCGAUGUAAACCAACAGUUUUUUAACUUAGCUGUACAUAUUUGUACAUUUAAGAAUUCAAGAAAGAAAGUCUCUAUUCAGCAAAAUGGUGAUAACGGGCCUGUGAAGUUGCAAGCAUUCAUUUAUAAUGAGCUUAGCAAUAAAGUUAAAGGAUGGAUUUUAUUUGUACUGAUUGUCUGAUAUGAUCCAGUCAAUGUGAAGGAAAUGCUGUGACAAUCACUGCUACAAUGUGAGGAUAGAAUGGGAGCUUUUUCAAUUGUUCCUGGAUAUAUAUAGUUUGUUUGAUAGGACCUGAGUAUAAAUAGUGAUACAUGCUUUUAUAUGUGGAUAAGUGUUAUGUUUAUAGAGUAAUGUAUUUAAUAUUAAAUAAGAUUUUAAAUAAAA